UUGUUGCAGACGUGAUGAAAUGUAAACAGCGCCAUCUGCCGCCGCAGUGUGGUGUGACACGCGUGACGUCAUCACCCAGCGACAGCACGUUUCAUCAACACACCUCGAAGUGCCAUUAUUUAUUGUUUUUCCGCUGUUUUUGUAUACUUAACACAGCCUUUGUGAAUCGGAAUGGCAUAAGGGGCUUAUCUUACUUUAAUUCAGCGGCGGGAAGCGCGUGCUGAGGGAUGACUAAACUCGGAGAUCUGAAGUUCCCUGGAGGAUGCGCGACCCUCCCCGAAGGAUUCUGGUCCGCCGCAGACGUCUGGAUUAAAAAGCCGCAUGUCGUCAACAAGCGUCUCUGCGGGGCCACAGAGACGGAGGGCAGCGAUGUGGACCAGGAGGAGCUGCGGGCUUUGCUGCGGGACCACCGGGGCGACCACCGGCUCUGCCAGGACGCGCUGAGCUUCCUCUCCGGCGGAGACUCUUUCACGCCCAGUCACCAAAACAACAACAACAGCUGGACCUCCAGCACCAGGACCUUCAUUCCCAAAGUGAACUGCUACGGAACAACCCUGCACAAAGAGGUCAUCCUGAAAGAUUUUGCAGGACAGCGAGUGACUUUCAUUCCAUUUGAAGAGGAUGAAGAUGGAAAAGUAUCUUUUAAGGAGGGCAACAUUUACCAGAUUCAGCUCCACAGCACGGACUGUGAGGAAUGGACCCUGGAGCUCCACGCGCUGGCUGCGGACCGGUGGUUCUCCGACGGGGUCGCCUACCCCAAGCUGCCCUGGCUGACCUCCGACCUGCUGCCCAAGCUGCUGCGCUGGGCCGCCGAGUGCAAGAGCAGCGAGUUCCGCAGCACCCUGUCGCUGCUGCCGGUGGAGAAGUACAGCCGGACGUACCAGCAGCUGAAGGAGAAGUACAAGGCCAUGGUGAAGGUGUGGCCAGAGGUGACGGAUCCUGAGAAGUUUGUGUUUGAGGAUGUUGCCAUAGCGACGUACCUCCUGGUGCUGUGGGAGGAGGAGAGGGCGGCGGGCGCCCUGACGGCCCGGCAGUCCUUCGUGGACCUGGGCUGUGGAAACGGCCUCCUGGUUCACAUCCUGAGCAGCGAAGGGCACCCCGGAAAGGGCAUCGACCUGCGGAGGAGGAGGAUCUGGGACACCUACGGCCCCCAGACCGUGCUGGAGGAAAAGGCAAUCACCCCCGGCGAGAGCUUCCUGUUCCCGGGCGCCGACUGGCUGAUUGGGAACCACUCGGACGAGCUCACGCCGUGGAUCCCCGUCAUCGCCGCGAGGUCGUCCUACUGCUGCCGCUUCUUCGUCCUGCCCUGCUGCUUCUUCGACUUCAGCGGGAAGUACCGGCGGCGGCGCUGCAAGACGUCCCAGUACAAGGAGUACAUCGACUUCGUGUCGGAGGUCAGCCGAGUCUGCGGCUUCAACACGGAGGAGGACUGUCUGAGGAUCCCGUCCACCAAGAGGGUCUGCCUGGUGGGGAAGUCCAGGAGCUACCGGCCGUCCGAGGAGGCCGAGGCGGAGCGGCGGCGAGCCAGCUUCAUCCGCGGGCGCCAGGCCGGCCCCGGGGCCGCGGGUCAGAGGCCGGACGGGGACGGCUGCCCCGGCGGCGGGACCUGGGGGGCCGGGUUCCAGCCGCGGGACAAGGCGGAGGCGGUCCGGAACUGCGCCGCGCUGCCGCGGCAGCUGGUGGACGGCGUCGUGCUGCGGGUGGCCGAGGCCCUCCUGGGGAUGACGGCGGGCGGCGGCGGCGGCGGCGGCGAGGAGACCUGGAACGGCGGCGGAAGCCUCUCGGUCGGCGAGGUCGCCGGGAUGCUGGAGCCGGAGACGCUGCAGCAGCUGAAGAAGGAGUGCGGCGGCCUCCAGACGCUGCUGAAGAACAACCACCAGGUGUUCAGAGUGGAGGGAGGACGAGUCUCCAUCCGGGACUGGAGGGAGAAGAAGGCGUCGUCCACCCGGCCGGACGCCAAGAGGAAGCCCCCGUCGCCGCCGCCGCCCCUGAAGACCCGCCUGUGCUGGUUUCACCUGAACCACCCUCAGGGCUGCCCCCUGCUGGCCCAACACUGCGCCUUCGCCCACGGCCAGGACGAACUGCGACCUUCGACCCUGAAGAAGAUCAGGAACUCACGCUGAUCUUCUCCGGAUAACAUUAUUUGACCUUUUUUCUUUUAAAUUUCAUUGAUUUUUUUUCCUAAUUUAAAGGCUGAACUGUAUUUUACUGACGUGAUCUUUAUUAUUUCUGGGAAUGGAGGCGUCGAUUGAGGUUUAUAAUAUAUAUUAUGAAAUGAAAUCUA